CCAAAUGUUAGGGCUGGCCCUAAUGCAGUUGGUUGGGUUUAUGCAUUUUAUCAUUCUUAUUUUUGCUUCCUGCUCUUUUAUGCACUUGAAUAGACAGACUUUAAUGUCUGCAUAAACCAGCACUAAAUUCAGGGGCUGCCAAGGAGAGAGGAGACACUAAUAAACCACAGCCAAGAAUAUUUGUGGUUUGGUAUACUCACAAUUAUCUCUCUUUUGGUGUCGGUACUUUCAUGCUCUCACACCCUGAGAACUUCACACAGGGGAAAAUAGAUUAUUCCAGGUCUCCCGUAUCUCCAUUAUGAGUUGUGAUUAGGAGUGAAUACCCUGUUAUGUGAUUUAUUCUUUUCCCCUUUCUUCAGAACAAAGUUCAUGGUUUUGCAUUCCCCAAAGAAAUGACCCAGAACACACCCUGAAAAUAGAAUUGUUUAAUUCCCCCAUUUCUUUCUCUGACCCAAUUUGUGCCAGUUCUGUGCCAGCUGUAAAAAGGAAGAAGAAGAAAAAACACCAACCUUAACACAAUGCUACACAGCAGCCAAGAAAUGAAAGAUUUUUCUUGUUUUCUUGAUUAUUCUGCAAUGACUACAGCACGAUAUAGACCUACCUGGGACUUGGUGCUUGACCCCCUGGUGUCAUGUAAGCUCUGCCUUGGGGAGUAUCCAGUGGAGCAGAUGACAACGAUAGCACAAUGCCAAUGCAUCUUCUGUACACUGUGCCUGAAACAGUAUGUGGAGCUGUUGAUUAAGGAAGGCCUAGAAACAGCAAUUAGUUGCCCUGAUGCUGCCUGCCCAAAACGAGGUCAUCUGCAAGAAAAUGAAAUUGAGCAUAUGGUUGCAUCGGAAAUCAUGCAGAGGUAUAAGAAACUACAGUUUGAAAGAGAAGUACUUCUGGAUCCUUGUCGGACUUGGUGCCCAUCAUCUUCUUGUCAAGCAGUUUGUCAGCUUCAGGAAUCGGGACCUCAGAAUGCCCAGCUGGUACAAUGCAAAGCUUGUGACAUAGAAUUUUGCUCAGCAUGCAAAUCCAAUUGGCAUCCAGGACAAGGCUGUCAGGAAAAUAUGCCAAUCAACUUUCUUCCAGGAGAGACAAGCUCCGUUUAUAAAAUGGAAGAAGAUGAUGCGCCAAUCAAACGCUGCCCAAAAUGCAAAGUUUAUAUUGAACGGGAUGAAGGGUGUGCCCAAAUGAUGUGUAAAAACUGUAAACAUGCCUUUUGCUGGUAUUGUUUGGAAUCACUUGAUGAUGACUUCCUUCUUAUACACUAUGACAAAGGACCUUGCCGAAACAAGCUAGGUCAUUCUAGGGCUUCAGUUAUUUGGCACAGAACGCAGGUCGUGGGGAUCUUUGCAGGCUUUGGUCUGUUAUUGUUAGUGGCUUCACCUUUUCUUCUACUCGCUACCCCUUUUGUUCUUUGCUGCAAGUGCAAGUGUAAUAAAGGAGAUGAUGACCCUCUCCCUACUUAAGAUGGAGUCGGGACAGGAUAGGACUUGGCUCUGCAUCACAGUACAUUUCAUGACCUCCCUGCUCUCCUUUUGCACUUAACAUUGUCAUAGCCUUACUUGCCCUAAGCCUGACUUCAAGCAAGACCCAAGGUGCCAUGAAUGCCAGGAAUUACUUUUACCAUCACUUCUGAUCCACUGAAUGGGAUUAUGGGGAACAAGGCAUCCUGAUACAAAGCAAGCUGAAAAUCAGAAAUGUAUGUCAAUAACAUGAGCUUUAAAGGCUACAUGGAUCGACUUGGAACUGACAUAUUACCACCAUCAAAAUGAUUUUUUUUUACAUAUCUAUCUGCAUUAAAUUGAGGUGUUUUACUGCUAAACAUGUGUUUUAAGGACAGUGUACCAAUUUAAAAUCUUCCCCUUUUAGGUAUGACGGUAAAUAUAUGUUUAUUAAAAACAAGGUUUCGGUUCAUAUUUGCUGUAAGAAAAUAUCUGAGCAUCUUCCCUAUGUUGCACCUGCCUCUCCCAAAUUUAAAAUAAUUGCAAAUUUGGUAAGAUACAAGUAGGCCACUCUAUUCCUUUGAUACUUCAAAGACAGAUGCCAUUGCUGCUUACAUUUUGGAAAGUGGUUGCGUUAUGUGUUUGGAUGCACAUUUGAUUUUGAUUUGGGGAAGGACUUCUGUUUCAUUUUUUCCAGAGAUUUGAAGUUGAAGUGUGUGAGCCACACCUGACCUGCCUAAAUCAAGGCUUUAUUUGAAACCAUUGUUCCUUGAACAUAUUCUGGUUCUCCACUCCCCGGUCUUGUUUUUCCUGUUUAUUAACUAUCUGCUAUGUUAAUAGGGCUACCUCCAAUCAGGUAUCUUUUUAUGUACAUAUAUACACAUAUAUAAAUCUGGAUAGAAUUCUUUUAAAACCAAAUGUGCAAAUAGGUGUUCUCUUAAAUAUUGUGAAUAUUGGGGGUGCAUGACUCAUCUGUUGUUAUAGCAGAGAAGAAAUUAUUAUCGUGGUCACUUAUGACAUGGGCACUACUCUGUGAAUGAAAAGGAACAGGCCUUGGACUCCAUGGGACCCAGGUUCCCACAUCAUUUUCCCCAUCCUUAUAAGUUAAUAGACAUCAUUUAGUGCACAUACUGACUACUGCUCAAAAUAGGAUGCCUAAAAUGCAUGCCAUUCCUUCCUUGGUGCUUUCAUUCACAUUACUUAAGCCUCCAGGGUUUUUUAGAGGGGUGUAACUGAUGUGCAUGCAAAUAGAUCUCCUAUUACUUGUAAUAGCUAGUAUUUUCCAGAUACUAGGACUAGAAGAAGAAGUAGAGAAUGGAGUGCCCUUAUGCCUGUUCAUCCCAGUGCACAAAUAUACAGAAGGCUAAUGUCCCACUGUUCUGGAUUUGUUGAUAACAGCAGCCAGCAAUUUCAUCCUACAAAGCAAUGUUCCCCAACUUGGCAUCCUUCAGAUAUGCUGGGCUACAACUUCCAUCAUCCCCAACUAGUGUGUUCAUAUUGAUUGGGGAUGGUGGGGGUUGUAGUCUCACCACAUUCAUAUUUGGUAAUAUCCAAAAUUCAUAAAACAGUGAUACCUGAACAGUUUUGUGUAUUUUGCACAUCUAUACUGUGCCAGGUGGGGAAGGGUGCCAUAAAGUAUGCAAAUUCAAGUGAGUUGUGAGGAUUCCCCCCUAUCUUAUUUUACUUCAGUUAAUAAAAAUUGCCUGCAAUGCUAAUGUGUAAAGUCUGCUAAAAAUCAAAAGUAUUUAAUCCAUUGUAAAAAUAAUUAUAUUUUAUACUGUAUGAAACUGUGACAACAGAGUUUGUUUAUGAAAUAUCAAUUUCUCCGUUUUUUCCCUUAUCAUUUUGCUGCUUUAUUAUUUUCUUGAAUCUUGUGUAAAUGAAGUGCUACAUUUUCCCCACAAGGGAGUAUAAGAAGGACAUCAACACACUAUGGAUUUUUGAUAUUACUGUUUGGUAUUAUUUUGGGUGAGGGCUGUAAGCAGCUCCCCACCAAAUGUAUAUUUCCAUAUUAGAACAGUUUUAGCUGAAAAUGUAAUGCCACAUGUAACCUGUUUCAGAAAUCAUUUUCUUUAAGGUGGGGUGGGCAAAGUCCUGAAAAUGUUGUUGGACUGCAAAGCUCAGUAUUCCUCACCAUUGGCUAUGCUUGCUAGUCCUGAUGGGACUUACAGUCCAGCAACAUCUGGCAGAUUCCUAUUUGCCCAACCUUGCUUCAGACAUAUGUACAACCCCAGUGAAACAAGCUGAUUCAGAGCAGCAGUUCAAAUUGUGAGUGGGGAGGUUGGACAUAUAUUUAAUGCACACCUAGCACCUGUCAUUCCCACAUCAUGGAGAAUUAAUCCAUUCACUACCAUUUGCACUGUGGGAAGAUAGGAAACCUGAUUCAUUCAUUUUAGUACCUUUGGUUUUAUUCUGAUAACCCAGACAAGGAUAAAUUAAGUUGUUGUUGACAUUCAUAUUUGUACAUUAUUUUAAUUCCUUUGUUUUGGUGCCAGCAGCAUGAAAAGUAUGCCCAGCUAGAAUAUCUACCAUUUACAGAAGCAUACAUACAGCAUUUAGGCCAUGUUUCCAGGUGUUCUAACUACGAGUAGUAGCAAAGUCAUUCCACUCAACAAUCCUGUUUCUCAGCCUUCAAGUGAAGACUAGCUAAAUCAGCAAGGAUCAGUGAGACCUGCCAAUGCAAGGCACUCAUUUCUGUUUUCAUUUUUGGCUGGUGCCAAUGGGAACUUCUUUCCUAAUUGGGGCACAGGAAAAGGAGGGGAAAUCUGUGCCAGGAUUGUAGGGGAAGAAGAAUGCAUUAAACCUUCCUUGUACUGCAUACGACCUAAUACAAGUAUAUACAGUCCACCUUAUGCUUGUAUGUCUUUUCUGAUUAUUUUGGAAGUUGGCAUUCGCUUCUGUCCUCCAAAGAGCCAAAGUCCCAACUCACAGUUUUGCUGCAAUAGUCCUCCUGAACAACCAUUCUCUGACUGGUGGAGAGUAGAAGAGAAUAACCAGAUCCAGAAUGAUUACAUCAUUUGCUGAGGCUUCUGUUGGACCCCAGUGAAUUGCAGGAGACGAUGCCAUCGGUUUCAGUCUAGUUAUGGAUCAUAGUCAAAAGACAGGGGUUUAUCUCAGCAAAGCUAUGAGUCUUGGAGGUGGUGAUCAGGACCAACAGAACAUCUUGGAUCAUGAAGUCUACUUUGACCUGUUAGCUUUAAAUGUCUAUAGGUGUGUGUGGAUGCUUAUGCCCACAGAACCUCCAGAGAUAUUUUGUCUAUUUGAUUAUAACAAAUACCUAAAUUUUGUGUCACAUAGAAACAUGUGGAGUUAGUGUAAUAUUCAUUUGCCAUUGGAUUGUAGCUUUGGCCCUAUAUUUUGGAAGUAUACAAAGAUAUUACAUGAUGAGCCCUUUUAAAAAAAGAAAAGAAACUUUGAUUAGGAAAAUGUUUUUACUGUGUGCCACACUUUGAAAUAUUCUGCAUAUCAGACACACGAUUCUGUAUCUUACCUUUGGAGCCUUGCCUUGAAUCGGGUAGUUAUUAUUUGCUGGCAAGAAACCAAUGGCUACAUUCUCCAGUUUGACAGUAUUACCCUGAUAGCAGAGGGUAAUAUGUACUUACUGAAAUGUUAAAUGUGAAGCUUCAGUAUGGGAACACCAAAUAUUCAUGUAUUUGCAUAAUUCCUAAAUGUUUUCAAAUGAAAUUGAAUUUCAUCUCUAGAUAUUGCUUGCAUUUUUAAAAAAUUUUAACUUUUGCUUACUUUUGAGUUCAUUGCCUUAAGUCUACUUUUAAUGGAAGUUAAUAUACUUUGAAUUUUCUGUUAGGAUAAAUAUCAACUUAUCCCUUAGCCUGAACCAUUUUUGACUCAUACACUCCAUCUCCAGUUGACCCUUGCUGUAUCUCUUCUCCUUGACAUGAAAGUAGGUCUUGUUAUGUUUAAUGUGUACAAAAGAACUGAUCAAUGGAAGCUUGGUCAAAUCAUUUUGACAUCUUCUUUGUUUUCCCAGCUGUAAACAAAUCCCACUUUUCAGGUGCGUUGUGAGUGACCAUGGCAAGGUUUUGUCUUGGGUCCUUCAGAUGUUUUGGAUCCAUAAUCCAUCUGGCUCAAGUUUCUGGAAUCUGGUGUCCCAAAAACAUCUGGAGGGCAAAAGGUUCUAUAUGCCUGCAUUGAGAUAUUAUUUCCCUUGUUUUGAACUUGCAUCCCUGUACCAAACAAAGCUGUCAUUUUCAUCCACCUGAAAAAUGCUGGGUAUCCCAA